UAAUGUUGGUACUCCACAUUCUUAACCAGAAGUGUGCAGAAUGGCGCAGGGAGAGGUUAACCUGGACCAUGAUAUACCACUCUUGACCCUUCCACCAUAUUGGGCCAAAACCAUUGUGGGACUUUUUUCCAUUAUCUGCUUUGUGAACAGCUAUGAUGGAGAUUUUGUCUUUGAUGACUCUGAAGCUAUAAUCAACAAUAAGGAUCUAAGGGCUGAUACCCCACUUGGUGAUCUAUGGCAUCAUGAUUUUUGGGGGAGUAAACUCAGUAGCAAUACAAGCCACAAAUCUUACCGACCGCUUACUGUAUUGACUUUCAGGAUUAAUUACCUUUUAGCUGGAGGCUUCCACCCAUUGGGCUUUCAUAUCAUCAAUAUAAUACUCCAUUGUAUUAUUUCUGUCUUAAUUGUUGAUGUCUUCUCAAUAUUAUUGGGUGGGCUGCACUACACCAAUAAAGGAAGAAGGCUCAACUUUGUCCCCAAAUCCUCCCUCCUAGCGGCUUUGCUGUUUGCCGUACAUCCUGUGCACACUGAAUGUAUUGCAGGGAUCGUUGGCAGAGCAGACCUCUUGUGUGCCCUAUUCUUUUUGUUAUCUUUUCUUGGCUACUGCAAAGCAUUUAAAGAGAAUAAAGAAGGAUCCCAGUUCUCCAUCAGUUGGGUUUUGUUGAGUGUUCUCCUUGGCACCAUGGCAAUGCUAUGCAAAGAACAAGGAGUUACAAUACUGGGAUUAAAUGCUCUGUUUGAUGUUGUCGUGAUCAACAGGCUCAAUAUUUUGGAAGUUGUUUUGAAGAUACUUCGUAAGGACAAGUCAGUAGAGAGCCUGGUGGUGUUUAGAAAAGGACUUCUUUUCAGAAUGACUCUUUUGUUAUCUGGAGGAGCCACUAUUCUAUAUGCCCGCUGGCAAAUUAUGGGCACAGGGCCUCCAGCAUUUACAGAAGUGGAUAACCCAGCUUCAUUUGCAACCAGUCCUUUUGUAAGGGUUGUAAAUUAUAAUUACUACUAUUCUCUGAAUGCUUGGCUGCUGCUGUGUCCCUGGUGGCUGUGUUUUGAUUGGUCAAUGGGCUGCGUGCCCCUUAUUAAAUCAGUCAGUGACCGGAGAAUAAUUGCCCUGGUGCUUCUUUGGCUGUGCCUGAUUGUGCUGGUGUGCCAAGCUAUGGGUUCGAAAGAUGGCCAGAAGAGAAGAAUCCUUACUCUGGGAUUGGGAUUUCUCAUCCUUCCUUUUCUUCCUGCAAGUAACCUAUUUUUUAGAGUUGGGUUUGUUAUUGCCGAGAGAGUCACCUAUCUCCCCAGUAUUGGUUACUGCAUAUUGAUUACAUACGGAUUUUGUCUGUUGUGUAAACAAGCUAACAAAAAGAAAUUGUUGGUUGCUGCUCUGCUGGGUCUCUUAUUGAUAAAUGUGUGGCGUUCCAUCAUCCGUAGUAACCAAUGGAGAUCGGAGGAGCAGCUUUUUAGAAGUGCUUUGUCUGUUUGUCCACUGAAUGCCAAAGUCCAUUAUAAUGUUGGCAAAAACUUAGCCGAUAAUGGCAAUCAAAGUGCUGCAAUCAGCUACUACAGAGAGGCUGUAAGAUUGAAUCCUAAAUACGUUCACGCCAUGAACAACUUGGGAAAUAUCUUGAAAGAAAAAAAUGAACUUCAUGAAGCUGAAGAACUUCUCUCACUAGCUGUUCAAAUACAGCCUGAUUUUGCAGCAGCCUGGAUGAAUUUAGGGAUAGUGCAGAAUAGCUUAAGAAGGUAUGAAGAAGCAGAGAAAAGCUACUGGACUGCAAUUAGACACAGGAAAAAAUACCCAGAUUGUUACUAUAAUCUAGGACGCUUAUAUGCUGAUCUAAAUCGCCACAUAGAUGCACUGAAUGCCUGGAGAAACGCCACAGUGCUGAAACCACAACAUAGCUUGGCUUGGAACAAUAUGAUUAUAUUGCUCGACAAUACAGGGAACCUGGCACAAGCAGAAACUGUUGGAAGGGAAGCUUUGGAGUUAAUACCAAAUGAUCAUUCUCUUAUGUUUUCGCUGGCAAAUGUACUGGGGAAAUCACAGAAAUAUAAGGAAUCUGAAGCUUUGUUCCACAAGGCAAUUAAAGCCAAUCCAACGGCUGCCAGUUACCAUGGCAAUUUGGCUGUACUGUACCAUCGCUGGGGAAAUUUUGACUUAGCCAAGAAACACUAUGAAGUCUCUCUGAAGCUUGACCCCACAGCAGCUGGGACCAGGGAAAACUAUAGUCUUUUAAAAAAGAAACUGGAUCAACUGCAAAAAAAAAAAGAUGAUGUGUGAGGUUUCGUCUCGGGCUUUGAAUGCAGAUUGCAUACACUGAUGGGUAACGUGGCUACUGAUCACCAGCGAGAGGCGUUGUCACCCAGGACUACAGAACACAACAACAUGGGACAUUGAGAUGUUUCUUGAAAUUUAGCGUUAGAAUUUGAAAGGG